ACGAUAUGGGGCUCUUAUUGGUUCAAUGGCCAGUGGGGAUAUAAAUGCUGUGGAUCUCUGAUCAAGGAUUCAUAUUGCACUAGCCCUAAAAACCACGAAAAGGGGUCUGCCGCACCAGCUAGUCUUAUAGCUGGGAGCGUCAAUGGAAGCGGAGGUCCCGGUCUGGGUGCUUGUUCAACAGGCAAUUCCACAAACUGCUCUUCCUCCAUGGCUGCAUCUGGCGCUGGCAGUGGUAUUAAUUCAUCAUCUCACGCUCAUCACCUUACAGGAGUUGCCAUCAUGCCAGAGCUGCCGCCUAACCCACAGAACUUAGCGAGCCAGCCAUUGCCUGUGAAGAGUUCUGCACCCUGGCAACGUGAGGAACAGGAGGAGCGAGAACGUCGUGAGAAAUUGACCCGGGCAGAACGUAAGCGGGAAUCGACUAAGCAUAAGCGGCGUCACCGCAAGCACAAGCGCCACAGCAGCUCCAGUGAUUUGUCUUCAAGUCCAAGCCACUCUGACUUGGAUUUAGAUGCGGACCAAGGGCAUUCUCAGGAGGCGAUGUCUCCUGAUCUCGAAAACAUAGUAGACCCAACCGAAGAGAGAAUGGAGUUAACGCAUGACCCCAACACAGAAAAGGAGCAUAUCAGAAUGGAAGCUCGCCGGGAAGCAUUGCGUAGUAAGCGAGCAGCCAAAAAGUCUAAGGCUAGGCUACGUCGUCAGGAGGGGAGAAAGCAUGGUAAAAGCCAUCAUCGGCGGAGUCGAAGCCGUUCACUGUCGUCAUCCAGUGAUGAAGGUAGGGCCAACGCUUCUUCGGCAAUUGAGACUGAAGAAGAACUUCGUGAGCGUCGAGUCCGCGAAGCCAUUCAGAAAGAGAAAGAACGCUUACUGGAAGUCGAUCGUCUGUUAGCUUUAGAUGAACGUAAAAGGCCAUACAAUUGGCAACGGGAAAGGAAUUCUUCUGGGAAAGCUGUUUUUGCACCGACAGAUGAAGAAAUGGAGGCAUAUUACAGGACCCGAGUCAACCAAGACGAUCCAAUGGCAGAAUUCAUCAACAAGUCUUAG